GUCAAAGUUUAUCGCCAGCUGGGCAAUAUGCAAAGCUUUUCUUUGGGGCAGCCGAACAAGAUCCAUGACCAGCUGGCUGCCCAUCAUCGGGAUCACCCUAGACCUGAUGCCAGCAGAGCUCUCAGUGGAUUCGGAUUUAUCUCCUGAAAAGGGAGGACAUCUGAGAAAAGCUGCCCAUGUUAUGCAUGUGUCAAUAUCGUAUUCGGAGGCGCAGGUGAAGAAUAGCUAUUGUGGCGUCAAACCAUUGGGUUGGCAUAUAUUUGACACAUCUGCUACCGAUAACCAAAUCCUGGGACCUGCCAAGACUAAACUGAGUGCAUCAUUUGGUAGUAAUCAGCUGCAUGAUAACAAUCAGUUGUAA